AGAGGCAGCAUCUCAGUGGGCUUGUGCAGUUCACAAUAUGGUCAACAAAAGGUUAGAAAAAGAGAUAUUUGACUGCGGAAAAAUAGCGGAAAAAUAUAAAUGUGGCUGUGAAGAAAAUGAAGAAGCUAUGUCAAAGUCUACUA